AUGGAGGUCUUCCUGACCAACGUGCCUAGGCACCUUACGGAUCGAACUCUGGAGAAGGAGCUUAGGCCGCACAUGAAUGCUCUCGGCAUCCUUGAAUGGGCAUGCUCAACGAAGAGCAAGAACGACAAGGGCUGGGUGACGUUCCUCAAAGCAGAAGACGGAAAACGCUUUCUGAAACGUCAUGGAAAGGUCAUCCUUCCUGAUGCUGGGGCUGCAUUCAAGCCCACUUCGAAAGGAGGAAAGCCUCCAAAGGAACGGGCGAGAGCAAACCUGUUUCUAAUGAACACCCAUGUCUAUGUGGCCCCAAGCAACAGACCACCCGACCCUUUCAUGAUCAAAAGUCUUACCCAUCGUCUGGAGGAAAAACACAGACAGCGGACUCAGCAAGAUGCUCCCUCUACCGACGACGCCAUCGUUUUUCAAAUCAGCCACUUGGCUUGCGGCCACAACACUUUUCAGCCAGACAAGACCUUGACCUUCAACGAACAAUGUCGCCUUUCUCAAAGAGGCCUAGCAAAGUUUGGCAAGAGAAUGCUCAUUCUAAAGUUUGAGCAGGGAGUCAAAGUCGAGAUCCCUCACUCCUCCAUCGUCGAGAUGAUACACACAUCUGUUCCCUCCAGUUUCACCCUUCUCCUCAGCGAACCACCACGCUUCUAUCAUACAAAGUCCGAUUUGGAACAACAGAUGGAACGUCUAGGCUUGGUCGAUGAUGCCAAGAGACCUCGGGGAAAGUCACUCACUCGUAGCCUUGGUCUAUCCAGCAGUAGGGAACAUUUGAAGUGCGCGGGAACAUGUCUCGUCUACCAGCUGGGAAUUUUCGGGCCCGACUUCGAUCAUAAGAUCAUCAGCCUCAAGAAGAAGGAAAUCAUCGUUAUUGCGCACUCGAAAGUCGCUCUCAACCAGAUGCCUAUCUUUUACGGAGUUGACUACCACACUGAGUGGGCCAAAUUCUACGAUGGCCUAGUCAAGGCCGGAUCCGCCAAGGCAUUACCUUUUGGCAUCCUGUUUCAGCUGCAGUCCUUGGUCUUCAACAACUUUUUGCAUCCACGCAGUGCUCACACCAUGUUGAUGUCCCUAGAGAAAUUGUUUCAAAGCGCCAAGUUAGAUGGCAAGCCGGAGCCCGUUUCCCAGCAGGCGUUCAAGGUUUUGCAUGGCACUGGCCACGAUGGAAUCGACUACCCGUGUCAUAACACUGACCCAAGUGACCUGGAUCCCAACGAGAUUCUGAAAUACCUCAUCUCCACUGAGAAACGUCUGCAAUCCGAAAGCAACAUCGAGUUCAGAGAUGUCCUGCUGGAGCCUGAGAUAACCGAUCAUCAUGCCUGGAUUUUCAAGGCCACAGUGACCCCGACGAGAAUCACCUUGCAUGGACCUGAUCUGGAGCCUCUCAAUCGCAUACUUCGCAAAUAUCCAAACCAGACGGACUAUUUCAUGAGAGUCACCUUCGCCGACGAAGAUGGUAGUGAUCUAUUCUUCAGUGGCAAGGUUUCCUACGAUAAAAUCUUCGACCGCUACAAGAGCAUCCUGGGCAAGGGCCUGGAGAUUGCUGGUCGAGUCUAUGGCUUUCUUGGGUUCUCCCACUCGUCACUGCGAUCCCAUUCAGCAUGGUUUUCAGCCCCAUUCUUUGACGAUUGGAACAAACUGCAACUGUACGGAAACAUCAUCAAAUCGUUAGGUGAUUUCGACAAGAUACAAAUCCCGGCCAAGUGCGCCGCUCGCAUCGGACAGGCCUUUUCGGAAACCCCCUCAUUCAUUUCCAUCAGCGAGGCCGACAUCAACCGCUGCUAUAUCCCGGAUGUCAAAUCGAUGGAGGGGAAAACUGAACGCGUUUUCAGCGAUGGUGUCGGCACAAUCUCCCGCGAAGCUCUCGAGCUGAUUUGGCCCCGCCUGUCACGAGGCUCGUUCCAUUCUACUUGUUUGCAGAUCAGGUGGGGAGGUGUCAAAGGAAUGCUAUCUCUGGAUACAAGGCUUCAGGGUCGAGCGGUGUGCAUUCGAAAAGAGUCCAUGGAGAAAUUCCCCAGUAAGGAUUGGGAGAAUCUCGAAAUUUGUGACGUGGCAUCACGGCCUCUCAAAUUGGUGCUGAAUCGGCAAUUGAUUAAGAUCAUGGAAGACUUGGGCGUAUCCAAGCAAUGGUUUCUCCGACUGCAGAAGAUGGAGCUUGAUCGACUUCGGGCAGUAACAGCCGAUGCGUACAACACGGCAACAUUCUUGCAUCUCCAGGCCAUCGGCACAAGUUUCUUCUUGUCGACCUUUGUCAAGAGCCUUGACAAAUACGGCAUAGACUACCGUCAAGACAGGUUCUUGAGAGCAGUGGUCGAGUCGAUUGUUCUACGGGAAUUGCGAUUGUUGAAGCACAAAGCCAGAAUACCCGUUCCUAAUGGCGCCACCCUUUUUGGAAUAAUGGAUGAGACGAAGUUUCUCAAGGAGGGCCAGGUCUUUGUCUCUUUUGACACUUUCCGAAGACCUGGAAAGCCAGCCACUGUCGGAUCUAUCAAGGAUGGUACCUUCAUGCUCGUGACGCGCUCGCCAGCUCUUCACCCCGGCGAUAUUCAGCGAGUUAUGGUUAGAGUACCACCGGCAGGUCACCCCUUACGGAACCUUCGCAACUGCAUCGCGUUUAGUCAGUUUGGAGAGCGCGACUUGCCUAGCAAGCUCAGCGGUGGUGAUCUUGAUGGCGACUUGUAUAACAUCAUCUGGGACCAAGAUGCAAUGCCCGCAAUGGUAUAUGAAGCUGCCGACUACCCCAGAGUAACACCGGAGCCACUUGGUCGAUCAGUGACGAGAGAAGACAUGGCCAAUUGGUUUGUUGACUUCAUGAAGUCUGACGUACUCGGCAUGAUUGCCACUAGGCAUCUAAUUCUCGCCGAUAAACAUCAUGAAGGAACUGUGAGCGGCGACUGCAUCAAACUAGCCGGUCUACACUCGACUGCUGUGGACUUUUCGAAGACAGGCAUCCCAGUCGCGCGGGAAGAUAUCCCAAAGGCGCCCAUCUUUCGCCCGGACUUCCUCGCGCCCGCACCCCCUGCUCAGCUGUACGAUCGAACGCAGAUCGACUUCCUUGGCAAGGACGAGGCAGUCGACGACGAUGACGACGAUUUCGUACCAUCUUACCGAUACUACAAAUCAGACAAAAUCCUCGGCGAGCUUUAUCGCAAUGUCGACGAAAAGCAGAUCUGGGAUGAUGAAAUCAAGAGAUCCAUCCCCAAGACCGGACCCUCGGUUUGGGACCACUGGGAAACGAAACUGAGGGAGGCGAAAAGCUUGCGCGACGUAUACGAAGACCAUCUCUUCAGUGCCAUGACAACGUACUCUGACAGUCACUUGAAGCAGCUGACAGAAGUCGAGGUGUUCUGCGGCUCAAUCUUCAACAAGACUGGCGCGCAGACUCGUCGUCAAAAGGACAACUCAAUGAAGCUCAAGCAAGAGUUCGAUCGACUAGCCGACCUCAUGGUGCAACAAAUGCGGCGCAAGUUCCGCAAUGUGGGAGACAAAGCUGCCCAACCUACCGAUAUCUACAAUAAUCCUGCACCGACUGGCACCCGCCAGAUUGACGAUGACAUCGAACGGCUCUUGGCACCGAACAAGGAUGCGUUGGAGAUGUCAUAUGCGUGCUUCAUGGUCGGUUUGCUGCCGAGUACCGACCUUGAGCGCGGACACCGAGCAACACAGCUGGAAAGCUUCAAGGUUAUUUCGGCGGGUGUCUUGCUCAAAGAGCUCACCGAGCUUGCUAAUCGCGUGAAGGGUGGCCGAUUGGUCAACCCCAGCAACGGCGACGCUGCGGGCGGUGGGUUUGUAGGUGUCAGUGGUGGGCCAGCAAUGUCCUAUAUGUACAUCGGCUAUGACGUGGAUGUCGGGCAGUAUCCCAAUUAUGGAUACAGCCAUUACAUGAUUGUUCCCUUGACCAGUUACGAAGACGCCAGUGACUAUGCUCUUCAUGUUCAUGGGUCAUCUACAUUCCCAUUGCUCUCUUUACUCAAUUCCCAAAUCGCGAUGAUGCCCCCCGCAAAGCCGGCUUCCAGCAGCGAAAUUUUGGAGAGCCUGAACUCUUCGCAUAUUCUCACUGAGCCCGGCAAGACACGUUCUCUUCAAGUUGAAGGCCAGAAAGAAGACAGCCAGACUGCGGUCGAGGCAUCGACGGCGUACAGGAAGGACAUACGCUUCUGGGUCAUCGUGUUCGCGCUAUGCAUCACUUCUCUACUCGCUUCCCUAGAGACCACAGUGGUUGUGACCUCAUUGCCGACUAUUGUUGAGCGUUUGAAGUUUGGGAGCAGCUAUGUCUGGGUUGGCAACAUCUUCUUUCUCACCAGUGCGGCUGUCCAGCCUCUCUUUGGGCAGGUUUCCAAUCUUUUCGGCCGCAGAUAUCUCACGCUAUUCAUCGUAGCAAUCUACACUCUUGGCAGCGGAAUCUGCGGUGGCGCUAGUAGCCCGACGAUGCUCAUCGCUGGGCGAGCUGUGCAAGGCAUGGGAAGCGGUGGCAUAAACAUGAUCAUCGACAUCAUCAUCUCCGACCUCGUCCCACUUAGGGAUAGAGGUAAUUAUAUCGCCAUCAUCCUAGCAAUAUACGGGGUCGGCAUGGCAAUCGGACCGUUCGUGGGAGGCAUCAUCGUGCAAACUACUUCAUGGAGAUGGGUGAGCACUCGCCUUCAUGCCAGUAUUUUCCAACCCAAACUGACAGAACAGGUGUUCUACAUCAAUCUCCCAGUUGGCGGCCUCUCACUCGUUCUCCUCUAUCUUUUCCUUCACGUGAAAUGGGAUCGGACCGCCACCUUCAACGGCAAACUUCGCCGAAUCGACUACAUUGGCAACUCGAUACUCAUCGCAUCUACAGUCUCCGUUCUCAUAGCCCUCACCUGGGGCGGCGAAAUCUACUCUUGGUCCUCUUACCGCGUCAUCAUCCCCCUCGUUCUCGGCCUUGUAGGCCUCGUUGCCUUCUGCAUCUUUGAGGGAUCAGGCAUCGUCCCGGAACCAGUGAUGCCUCUACGCCUCCUCGCGAACCGGACCUCCGCCAUUAUCUACGCGACCACCUUCCUCAAUUCCGCAAUUCUGUACUGGGCAUUCUUCUUCCUCCCGCUAUACUUCCAGGCCGUCAAGCUUUCAACUCCAGCUCGUUCAGGUGUUCAACUACUCCCCGUGACCUUGAACCCCAUUCCGGGCGCCGCCAUCUCCGCCGUCGUCCUCGCACGAUGGGGCCGCUACAAAGCUCUCCACAUCGCAGGCUUUGCCCUCAUGACACUCGGUCUCGGCAUAUGGGCCGUCUUGGACAGGUACAGCAGCACAGCAGCCUGGGUCCUCGUACAAGUCGUCCCCGCCGUUGGUUCAGGCAUGCUCCUCAACACUCUGCUGCCAGCCUUCCAGGCAGGUCUCGCAGAAGCAGAUCAAGCUGCCGCGACGGCAAGCUGGUCAUUCAUCCGCAGUUUUGGUAGUAUCUGGGGCGUCGCUAUCCCCGCGGCCAUCUUCAACACGUAUACAUCGUCAUAUGCCGCGCAGAAGAUAGAUGACCCUGCGGCUCGGGGUAUUUUACAGCAUGGCAAUGCGUAUGCCAGCGCCACUAAAGCCUUUGUCGAGUCCUUCGAUGAGCCGACGAGAAGUCAGAUCAUUGAUUUAUUCACCGAGGCUAUGAGAAAGGUCUUUCUCAUCGCGAUUGCGUUCGGUGGCCUGGCUUUCUUAUUGAGCUUCUUGGAGAGGGAGGUAGAGCUGAGAAAAGAGCUGGAAACUGAGUUUGGUCUCGAGGAAAAGAAGAACGCGGACGGAAAUAAGGAUGCUGUCUAA